UUUAAUAAGCUCAUCACGUGUCUUCCUAGCUUACACGGUCACGAUUAUUCUGUUUUGUUUUGUACUCUAGCUAUAUAUUCCUUAGCUUCCUUUUUCUGAAUGUAAUAAACGCUUCUGAACAUAUACUCUUUCACAUAUACACGUUUCUUUUCUCUUUCCUCUGUAUGGAUCAUGAAAUCCUAUGAUGGUAUCAGAGAGCCAUUCACAGAGCUCUGAUGCGCCUUGUAGUGAUCUUUCUUUUUAGCCUAUCUUUCUUGAUCUUGCUUUCUUUGUUAUUUUUUUUUUCAUGGCUUCCACCACAUCAAGUCAACUUCUUGCAUCAAGUCAAUCUCUUGCAUCAAGUCAAUCUCUUGCAUAAAGUCAACUUCUUGAAAACAACACGAACAACUACCUCUAUCUCCAUCCAAAUGAAAAUCCGGCUAUUUCUCUCGUCUCUCUUGUUCUUGAUGCCAUGAAUUACCAUUCUUGGAGCCGCUCCGUUGUCACUGCGCUUUCUGCAAAGAACAAAGUCGAAUUUGUUCUUAGUUUUGCACCUCAACCUGCCACAACACAUGCUUCAUAUCCAGCGUGGUUCCGUUGCAAUAGCAUGGUGGUAUCAUGGCUCGUCCAUUCCAUUUCACCCUCCAUUCGUGAGAGCAUUAUAUGGAUGGACAAGGCUUUCGAUAUUUGGAAUGAUCUUAAAAAUCGCUUUGCACAAGGAGAUCUUGCUCGAAUAUCAAAUUUGCAAAUGGACGCAACAAAUUUGUCUCAAGGGGAUCUUUUUGUUACUGAUUUUUUCACCAAACUCCGCGUUCUUUGGGACGAAAUUGAUAGUUUUCGGCCAGACCCGACCUGCACUUGCAAACCACAAUGCUCUUGCACUGUUUCAUCCCUUCUUUCCCAAAGAAAACACGAAGAUCGCGCCAUGCAACUCCUACGAGGUUUGAACGACAAUUUUUCAAAUAUAAAGUCUCAUGUUCUUUUGCUUGAUCCCAUUCCUCCCAUAUCCAAGAUUUUCUCCCUGGUCGUCCAACAAGAACGUCAGUUUAUGGGUGGUCACGUAGCUGCUCAAAUUCGUGGUAAUUCUGUUCCCACUCCUUCAUCUUCCUCUGACAAUUCUCAUACUCCUAUCGCAUGCACACAUUGCCACCGUCCCGGUCACACCGAAAAUACCUGCUUCCGCAAACAUGGCUUUCCCAAUCAAGAUCCUCGGUCUGUCAAACCAAACAAUAACAACAGUCGCAAAGUUUGCACUCAUUGCAAUUGUAAUGGUCAUACUAUUGACGUAUGUUACAAGAAACAUGGUUAUCCUCCUGGCCAUCAUCUUUACAGCACCAAGCCUAGCCAGAUCAAUAAUGCUGCCACACAAAGUGAUACCAAUUUGGAUUCCCAUCCCUCUCCUACAGAGACCAUUACUCUCACACCUCAACAAUAUCAAAUCCUUGCAGAUUUAUUCAAACAAUCUAACGUGAAAUCUCCCAACGUGCAGAUCAAUCAAGUUGGAUCUUUCUCCACCAACCCUUCUCCUCCAGGGCAAUCACAAUCACGAGAAGAUUGGUUUGAUUAAGCAACACACUGGAUUAUACAUUUUUUAUGCCUCUGCUUGUUCCUCUAUUAAUUCUCGUAGUCAUGUUACUUGUAAUAUUCAAACUCAUAAUUUGUGGCAUGCUCGCCUUGGUCAUCUUUCUGUUGAUAGGUUACAUAUCUUACAAUCCAAACAUGCAUAUAUUAAUGAUGAUAUUGUGACUGCUUGCGAUGCUUGCCAUCGUGCAAAACAAAA